CAGCCGCUCUGUUGUAAAUUUGUUGUGUCAGUUCGUCGUAGCAAUUCUACGAUCGAUGAACAAAGGAGUAGAAGUCAUUUGUACAGUUUUACGAGAGCUGAUUAAAAGAGCUUCCCCAAAAAAAAUUUUAUUCCGUUCCCUUGUAAUUAAAAUUCGUGACAAUAAAAGGAACAUGUGAUAAGGAACAUAAAUAAUCGGAUGACUGAUCGGUAAAAGAAAAAAGAAGAGCAAGAUCACAUCGGUGUUACUUGUGAAAACUGAAUAUUACUUUUCGAUUCGGAUUCGUUGCCGAAUUUAAGAAAGAUGACUACAAGCUGUAAGAUCAUUUUCAUUUGCCUGUUACUUAGCGUAGAGCAAUUCAUGUACAGCUCUCAAUUUGGUUAUGUUGACGUAAAAGACUUAAUAAAAUUCGGCCACGAAGUAAUCAUGUACACCUUUGAGUCGUGGGAUUUGAUACGCCCGAAAGAUUCCGAGUACGACAACAAUUUGCCAUUCAUUCACAGAAUGGAGAAUAAAUUGAAAAAUCGUAUAUCGAAGGUGUCGCAACAGAUCAACACGUUUGAGGAACAUAUGGACGUACAUUUGGACACCAUCUUAAAUCAAAUUUCGAGGAUGUCGUUGCAACAAAGUCUGCAUCAAAAGCUACAUAUAAUCCAGAAAUUCGUUGGCCAAAUCAACGAUUUGUACGAUGAUUUCCAUUCGUAUUCGAAAACGCCUGAUAAAUACGAGAGAUACACAUUAGAAGAUUUUGCGAAAACGUGCGUCUCCUCGAGAUCAGGUGCUCUUCCGGAUCUUCUAAAAAGCAUCUAUCGGCUGUUCAUUCCUUCCCCCGAUGAGAUUCUCCACAGAAGCGUUCUCAUAUUACUAGCAAAUGAAAUGCAAGUAUUGAAUACUUUAAUGGAUAUGAAGGCUUUGUAAGCGAUUCAUCUACGUAUAAUUGAAGAUAAAUUCUACCCUAUCAAGGAUCAGAUAAGAAAGAGCACGUAAACAUGAAGAAGCCAAGCAUUCGUGUAUGUUUUCUGUUUCUCUGCACAAUAUGGGUAGCAAUGGGUAUAAAGUACGACACCACGUUGAUCGACGAGAUGCGAAACAAGCUAUUGCGAUUGGAGAAAACGUUAGAGAGGGACCUGUUCCACUCGAGGUUACACGAGUUUGAAAAUAACGGGCAAGGAAAGUACGUAUGGCUCAUAAAAAGUUUCAAGAAAUUUGGCGACGAGUUAGAACGAAAUUUCUCGACCAAUGGCUCUGAGAAUUUAAACGCGUUGAACCCUAUUUGGUUGUGGGCUCGUACAGAGAACGAGCUAAAAGGAGUAGACGGUCUGUACCGAGUUUUCCGAAUGAUGCAACAAGAGAUCGUCAACGGAGAGGCUGCGCUCGACAUACCAAAGCUGGCCGAUUUCUUGGACACAAUUCUGCACGAUCCGAACGCAUCGAUCGUGCGCGCCCUAGGUCGAAUCGGUGAUCUGAUAGUAAACGAAAAGUUGUUCGUUUCGGCUUACCAGGAAGCAGCUUCGCAAAUUUGUAAUGAAAAUCAGUCACUUCAGCAGUUGCUCUAUAAUUUAUACACCACGGUGACUCUGUCGGAAAUCAAGGGUUACAGUAUGAUCCAAUUUUCUUAUAAACUGCUGCGACUCUAUAAUCCAGGUACUAAUUUCACUGAAGAAAUGAAAAUAGUGCAGGAACAAUAUGAGAAGAGAACGAGGGAGACCCUGCGGGCUGUAAAAACAGCCAUGGCCUUUGCUCCGCGACAACUUUGGAGAUGCGAUGCGAGACUACACGAAUUAGAUAAUACGUACACCAAAUUGACACAGUUGUUCCAAGGAUAUAUCGUGAACGAAGUAGAUUUGAACAGUGAAGCGACUUGUAGAGAAAAUUGUGCUUAUUACGAGUAUUCGAAAGUUAAUGGAUGUUUUAAAAAUCUAUUUUGUUCCCAGCAACGCAGAUGUAAUGGUAAAGUAUUGAAAUGCGAGUACAUCGAUUCCGACAUGUGGAUUUGCCCUUCGUCACAGAAAAGCGAUCGAAGAUAUGACUACAUAGAGUACGAAAAUGGCAUGAUAUUUGGGCAAAAAAACAGUUGCAAUAAGACCAAAGUCGAUAGCUGGUGGCGUUGGUUAUUUUGGCAUUGUAGUUAUUGCUUUUGCUAUUGUGAUGACAAUACUAUAAAUUCUGAUCGGUAUUUUAGUUUAAGAAAAGUUGAAUCUGAUAUAGCAAACAACAAAGUUGUGACGGGCAUCCGAUUUAAAAAAGUGAAUCAAAUAAUACAUAUGCAGAUACAAGAAGGUGAAUUACUACCACGUGGAUACAUUAAUCAAUCCACUGUACACUGGAAACCAAUUGAAGAGUUUAAUAUAUUAGAUAAAAACGUUAAAAAUGGUAUUGACUAUCAUACUUUAUCAUGGGAAGAAAGAGGUUUGGACUUAGAUGACUUAGUCCACGAUGAUGAUGAUGAUUAUCUUUUGACAGGUCUUAAAUUUCGAAUGGUCGGUCCACGACUAAAUUUAGAAGUAAGAAUGACAGCUUUCAAUUUCACAACUGGAAAAUUAAUAAAACCUAUAGAAAAGAGCAUCUGGAUCAGUCAUGAUAACACCGACAGAAUUGAAUUGAAACUUGAGAAUCCCGACAUACCAAUUCGAACACCUCUUCUAGCACUACCAGACUCCAAACCGCAGCAAUAUUUGAAUUUUGCGCCAAGCGAUCGUAAAACUGAUGCUGCGCAAAACACGAUACCAUUUCUUGACAUUCAGUCAGUAGAAUCAAAUCCACCAGUUCCAAUUUCAGGUGCUGGUAUUUUUCAUAAAGGCCGACCAGCAUCGGGUGGAUACGUAGCAUUGAGAUUGAUUACGUAUGAUUUCAGUAAACAUUUACAAGUUGAUUUACCUCCUUCUACAGAUACAGUUAUUGAUGCACCAAAUGAGAUAAGAGCAGUAUAAAUAUAAUUUUGUUCGCGUUUCUCCCUAUUCCUAAAGUAUAUAGUUAUACUAUUAAAAUAUACUAGGAUAUAGCUCAUAAAUAUUAUUUGUGUUAUGUUUUUACUUUAAUAUGUCUUUCACUAAUUUACGUUUCAAUAUAACUCAUAAAACCAACUAUACAUCAAUAAUAAUUCCUUUCUUUUAAAACAAUUCUCUGUCAAAUAAUUAUUUUUUUGUGCCAUCUUAGCAUCUAUAUAUACCUUUUAAAACAUAUCAUGGAAGCCAAAUUCUUUGUAUUUUUUUAUACUCCUAACUCCAAUAAGACCUCUAAUAACGAUACUUGUUAAUUUAUAAGAAAUUGUAUUUUGUUAUCUAAAUAGGAAAUUUAUAGAUUUCCUCCAGUAUUAUACUACUGAAAUAAAGUACUGUAAACCUAUUCA